AUGGUGGGCUCACACUUAAAGAACAGCUUUCUAGGAACGACGGACCCAACCACUCAGUUUUUCCAGCAUGAAGAUGCCAUGGCUGUAGCAGUUAAAAUAUUCAUACUUGGAGAUUGUUAUUAUGGGAAACAAAUUUUGGUUCUUCAUUUAUCAGACCUAUCCAACAUGAACACCACCACCCAAGAUACUUUCUACUUUAUGCUCACGGGAAUCCCUGGAUACGAGGACUUCCACAUCUGGAUCUCCAUUCCUUUCAGCUGCUUCUACACCAUUUCCAUCAUGGGCAACACUACCAUCCUCGUCAUCAUCUGCAAAGACACAUCCCUCCACCAACCCAUGUACUUAUUUCUCUCCAUGCUGGCCCUGACUGACCUGGGACUCACUUUCACCACCCUGCCCACAGUCAUGCAGCUCCUCUGGUUCAAUAUGCAAAAGAUCCGUUUUGAAGCCUGUUUUGCCCAGUUCUUUUUUCUCCAUGGGUUCUCGUUCAUGGAAUCCUCUGUCCUGCUGGCCAUGUCCUUUGAUCGCUAUGUGGCCAUUUGCCGUCCACUCCAUUACGCUUCUGUUCUUACUAAUGACGUCAUUGGUAAGAUUGGAAUAGCCAUCAUUUGCCGCUGUGUUCUGGCUGUUCUUCCUUCCCUUUUCCUACUCAGGCGCCUACCCUUCUGCGGCUCCCACCUUCUCUCUCACUCCUACUGCCUUCACCAGGAUAUGAUUCGCCUGGUCUGUGCUGACAUCCGCGUCAACAGCUGGUAUGCGUUUGUUCUAGUGCUGCUCAUUAUCGUUUUGGACCCAGUGCUCAUUAUCCUCUCCUACGCACUCAUCCUGAGAAAUAUCCUGGGUACAGCCACCUGGACUGAGCGACUAAAAGCCCUCAAUAACUGUCUUUCCCACUUUCUGGCUGUUUUGGUCCUCUAUGUCCCCAUGGUGAGUCUGUCCAUGACCCAUCGCUUUGCAAAACAAGCUCCACCACUGGUCAACGUAGCCAUUGCCAAUAUCUAUUUACUGGCUCCUCCGGUGAUGAACCCCAUCAUUUACAGUGUAAAGACCAAGCAGAUUCGCCAGGGUAUCUUUCACCUCCUCUUCCAGAGGAAGUUGUCCUAA